AUGGCUGGUUCUGCUCCGUGCUCGAACUGCAACCGCAUGCUGGUGACAAGUGUACCACCUGGCUACAGUUACGGCUUCCUCACAAUGAAUACCUACUACACGGGCGUGUGCGUCAACGUAGCCCUCUCUUGCUCGGCACCAGAUCUUUGUCUCCGAUGUGGCUCUGAUAAGCUCAAGCGAUCAGCAGCUAGUACGAAUGCCUGCAGUGCCCUCCCUGAUUCUCUGGCUGCUCUAGAAUCAAGUAAAUUGAAAUCGAUACUGAAGCCAGAUGCUAUAAGUUGGUUUAUAGAUGCAAAAGGUAGUAAUAGGUACGACGAAUCAAACAAAAAGUCCUAUCUAUUAACUAAAUUUAUACUAUCAACGACGGCUUCAUGUUCAUUGUCAACUUGGGCCGAAUGGAGAGAAUGGUCGGAUUGUUCUGACACUUGCGGUUCCUGUGGCACUAGACAGAGGUUCAGAGCCUGCAACAAGUCAAGGCCAGAUUGUCUGUGUGAAGGG